UCCGAGUCUCGGGUGGUGGCGCCCGUCCAGCCCCUCCUCUGGACGCGGGGCCGCCUCACUCGGGGUGCACGCGCUCGCCGCGUCCCGGGCUUUUCUCGGCGCGUGGGCGGCCUCGCUCACCCCUCUCCUCGAGUUCGGCCUGAUCUCCAGCCUCCUGAGCAGCAUCUGCACCCGGGGACCGCGGGCAUCUCCCCCAACACUCCUCCCACCCAGCAGCCGCCCCUCGAUUUGUGCCUGCCACGCUAUAAUGUUAAAAGAUCCCUGAAGUUGGAUGUCUUAUUACAGGAAAAUUCCCCUAGAUCUUGGCGAACCAGUGGACAUUUCAUUGCAUCUUACUCACCGACAACAGGAACUCGCCAGAUCAGCCCAUAUUCAUCUCCCAAAAGUCAUAAUGGACGAGAGUUCAGAAAUGGACCAUCAAAUGGAAGAGCGAGUCAGAAUGAUGAAAUGAAGGGAGAAACACCAGGCAGCAGAUCUGAGGAGCCGGGGGUCUUACUCUGGGAGCGAAUGGACCUUGAUAAGACUCAUGAAUUGCCCAGAAGAGGGCAGCCUCGAGCAGAAGACAAAGAUGACAUCAUGACAUUACUCUAUAAAAUCGACAGCUCCUUAGAAAAGUUCACAGAAACGUGGAGAAGUUUAAAACAUUUACAGGCCUUGUUGGGCCGGCCAGAGCUGGAAAGUCUCCUUGGUGUUUCCUGUACGUCAUUGGACUUGAGAAGCGAAGUGCAGAAGACCAGAGAACUGAUGAUGAAAGUAAGAAAACAGGAACAGCUGAAAAAGAAAACUCUAAAACAUUUCCCAAGAGGAGCAGUGUGCUGCACGAUUUCCCUAAAGCCUCCACCCUGCUACAUCCUUCUUGCUCAGCCUGGAGCCAGCCUGGUGUCUUUCUGCAGUGUCUGCCCCAGGUGUGGGGGCUGUUGGACUGAAUCAUUGAGCUGUAUGGAAUCAGAGUUUGGAACUGACCUCAGCAGCCAUCUGGACCAACCUGAGCUCCUUUCAUCACCACAAGCAUCUGACCUGUCCUUGGAGAACUCCCAGGAGAGCCUGCCCCUUCCACCUGACAGUGGUAGUGGAUGGAGAGCCAGAGGACCUGGGUUCAAAUUCUGUCUCUGGUGUGAUGGACGAGCUGCCCUGGUUAAGGCCCUUAGCACUCAGUGCCCUGGCACCUGUUCUAAAGCCCUUGGCUGUGGAUCAGAUAUUGGUCGUCCCAACAGCUAUGAAUUCCUCAAAUCCAUUAUUAACUGAGGCAUUAGGAAGAAAUGCAUUCAGUAUGAACACCAAAUUCGACAUCUGUUUGGUCAUAUUUAAAGGGACAGAAGAAAUGUUUGUAAACCAAUCUGCCUGGCAAAUACCAGUUCAGGAUGGCUCACGAAACUAGGCAGGUGCACAUCGAGAUAAAAUUUCUUGCAUCUAAUUUAAACUUUACCACACUCACCGGGAGAUAAUCUCAAUGUAAAUAAUACAUUUCUUCAUGACUCUUUUAUGAAAGCUUGUAUGUAAAAGACUCCUGAUUGAUUAUUCUGUAGCACAGUUUUUUAUACUUUAAGUACAUAUGGAGGUUUAAUAAAGCACAUAAUGGUAUA